UGCCAGAUAUAUACAAUGGGUGUUUUUCUCUUCCAAGAUGGACAAGGUGAUGGAAGAACGAGAAAAAGAUGCCAUGUCAGAAAUCUACUGGAUAUGGAAUGAAAACGAAAUGCUUUCACUUCGAAAAGCUGAACUGGAGACAGAAUUAGUGGAUUUACAUUAUAAGAACAAGUUAGAUGAGCUUUUGAAAGUACAGCGUGAAGGUCUCGGCCCUAUUGUAUCUGGUCUUGAUCAGCUCAAAAAACAACACAAUACAUUAGCCCAAGCUGUUGAUACAACCAGACACCAUGUGCCAACGAAGGGAAUUAAUAUACCUGUUAAUGAGAGGGAUUAUCUAGUGGAUAUGGGCAAAGCCUUGAAUGAAACAGAACAGUUACUUGGUGAGAUUCACAUGUUGACACGGGAACACCAACCACAAGUGAAGGAAUGUGCAAAGUCAAUAGGUGCCCUGAAAGAUGCAACACUUAAUGAAGGGGUGGAAUUGUACAGGUUAAAUGAAGUGAUGGCUGCUGUGUCAACGUUGACAACCCAUGAAACAUCACUGAAAAUACAACACAUGGAUCUCAAAGACCCUCGUGCUGCUGAGCUGAAUCAACUUGAUAUAACUAAAUCAGUUCUGGAACAGUAAAAAUGUCUUGUUGAUGUUUAAUCAAUAAUUUUUCCCCGAAAUCACAAAGUUGGACACAGUUGUACCUGAGUGUGUAUUUACACGGCUUGAACCUGUGUAGUAUAGGAAGUUUUAUCUUUUGCUAUCCUGCAAGAUCCAAGAUCACUUCAUUUAUGUGCCAGCAUUUGUGUAUUUUUAAUAUUAUCAAUUGGUGCCAUGUUAAAGCGGCGUUCCCACUUUGCAAAUUUGUGAGGUGCCCAUCCCCUGACAACUUAACAUUGUUUUGUAUACACCAUCAAAUGAUCAGA